UGAAAGAUGAGCAAGGAAACAAGAAUGGCGGAAGAAGUAAAGCUGUUGAAGACAUGGUCAUCCCCUUUUGGUUUAAGGAUCGUUUGGGCAUUGAAGCUCAAAGGCAUAGAAUACGAAUCAAUAGACGAAGAUCUCUCCAACAAGAGCCCUUUGCUUCUUCACUCCAAUCCCAUCUACAAAAAAAUCCCGGUUCUCAUCCACAACGGAAAACCCAUCUCUGAAUCAGUCGUCAUUCUCGAAUACAUCGAUCAAACAUGGACCCAAAAUCCCAUACUACCCCAACAUCCUUUCGAGAAAGCCAGACAAAGAUUCUGGGCAAAGUUUAACGACAACAAGCUUAUACCGUCAGUGUGGAGUGUUUUCGUUAACGAGGGAAAAGAGAAAGAGGAAGCGUUGCUGGAGAACCUGAAACUUGUGGAAGAAGAGCUGAAGGGAAAGAGAUUCUUCGGGGGAGAUAAGAUAGGAUUAGUGGAUCUUGUUUUCGGUUGGCUUGCGAACUUGAUGGGUGUUUUCGAAGAGGUGACUGGUUUGAAACUGAUUGACGAUAGAUUUCCAUUGUUAUCUGCUUGGAUUCUGGAAUUUUCAGAAAUCCCGAUUAUCAAAGAUAAUUGGCCAUCUCACGACAAGCUCGUCGUCAAGUACCGAGCACUUCAUCAGAAAUUUCAUCCUCUAAAAUGAAGGGUUUCCAUGGAUUUGUUCCCAUUGAAACUUAUGUUAUCGUAUGGAUAAUAAACUCAAACUGUUUUCUUUACAAAAUUUGCAAAUAAACAGCAAUCA